GGGUAAGACUCCGGGCUGAGCCGCCCUCGCCGCGUCCUUCACAGAGAAACUAAGAUGGCGGCCGCAGCAGUGAGGCGCGUGGGCGGCUCUCUGAGCGCGAGCCUGAGGGAGGUGCGCGUGCAGCUCUGCCAGACCUCCGCGGCCAGCAAAGGAGCCAGAGACUUCGUGGAGCAGCACUAUGUGACCCUGAAGAGGGCCAACCCAGACUUCCCGAUCCGCAUCAGAGAGUGUUCUGGAGUCCAGGCCCGGGUCUGGGCCCGAUACGAUUUCGGUAAAGAGAGCAGCGUCUCCGUGGACAACAUGUCAGCUGAUCAGGUGGCCGGGGCUCUGCAGACUCUGGUUCAGUCCAAACUGACCUGGAGUGGUUCAGUCCAAACCCUGACCUGGAGUGGUUCAGUCCAAACCCUGACCUGGAGUGGUUCAGUCCAAACCCUGACCUGGAGUGGUUCAGUCCAAACCUGCUCCAUUCUUUCAGUUUGUAUGUAAAUGUGGUUAAUGAAUAAACCUUAAUAUUAAUGUCGA